GCCCUCUCUUUUCUCCUCCAACACACCCAACCCGAUUACCUCUAGUGCAUUGCAAACAGCUGCCUUUGGUUGCUUUACCCUUACCUUGUUUUAGUUGCCAUAGGCCAAUUUCCUUUCAAGAGAGGUUUUCGUAUGGAAACGUUCAACUUUGUAAGAGAUGGAAUGAGCGGAUUGCCUCCUGGUUUUCGCUUCCAGCCAACUGAAGAAGAGCUUGUCUUUCAGUACCUUAAACGCAAAAUCCUUUCAUGGCCAUUGCCUGCUUCAGUCAUUCCUGAGGUCAAUGUCUGCAAGUAUGAUCCCUGGGAACUGCCAGGUGACAUGGAGCAAGAAAGAUACUUCUUCAGCAACAAGGAGGCCAAGUAUCCAAAUGGAAACAGGGUCAACAGAGCUAGUUCGUCAGGUUAUUGGAAAGCAACUGGCUUAGACAAACAAAUAGUUUCUUCAAGCUGGAAGAAUAACCAUGUUGUAGGGAUGAAAAAGACACUUGUUUUUUACAGAGGGAAGGCUCCACAUGGAUCCAGAACUGACUGGGUCAUGCAUGAAUAUCGCCUUGUUAAUUUAGGAGUAGAAACUACAGAUAGCAAUUUUCCACAGACAGAAAACUCAGCCCAGAAUUCGUCUUUUCAAAUGGACAAAUGGGUUGUAUGCCGAAUAUUCCUGAAAAACAAAGGCACAGCAACAACUGAGACAAUUGAAACUCGUACAAAUGACAAGGUUGGGGGAACUCAGCCAAUACUCCUUGAUUUUAUGGGGAGAGACGAGAUUGUUUUUGAUUCUGUCUCGUCUGCAUGUUCGAGCUCUAGUAGUCUUGCUGGCAUCUCUUCAAAUGAACAAGACCAUGAGCAAAGCAGUAGCCGCAAUUUCUUUUGA